AUGAGCUCGCAGGAAGCUUUGGGGCCUGUUCAGAAGAUUACACAAGUUGUGGUUGAUAAGUUCAUGUUGCUGGACGAUUUGUUUAAGGGCAUGGUUUUCGGCGUUGGUGCCGUAGUUGUGGUUGUCUUGACUGCAAUUAUACUCAUCAAAAUCAUGUUGAUGAGUCAAGAGAAUAGCAAGACAGAGACUGAGACUACGACCCCUCGCGUUGGCAAGAAGGGAAACUUGUUAUCGUCGAAACAAAAUGCAAAGUCUACGUCAAUAGCAAGCUCAGCGGAGGAAAAGGAUCUUCACGCACACCUUUUGUCGAGAAAAGUGAUUCCUAUCGAAUCUAACGGCGAGUACGAAGAAGAGAUGGAGAUUUCAUUGAUGGAAGAAGAUUGA